ACGCACGUUAAAUACAGCUAUAAGUAAAUCAUCAACAGGCGGUGUUUCGCUAUUUGUCAUAAAAUGGACGUAGGAAAAAGAGAAAUUUCGAGGCACGCAACUUAGCUUGGCUUAUCAUGACCAAGGAAUUUUCUGCAUUCCCCUACGAGCCGUACCCUAUACAGAAUGAAUUCAUGUCUGCGUGCUACGACGCAUGCGAGAAUAGCAAAGUUGCGGUGCUUGAAUCACCCACCGGUACUGGUAAAUCACUCAGUUUAUUAGUUGCUAGUUUGUCAUGGUUGAGGGACAAUGCUAUACGCUCAAGGGAAUCAACGAUAAGCAAGCUAAGAGAGGAAUUACUAGCAAAUAGAGGUAAUAAACCCGCUUGGGUCAUCGAGCAUACUAUCAAACUCAAAAGAGAAGACCUUGAAAAUGAAGUUAGGCUUAUGGAUGAGAGGCUAGCAGCUGUCAAGGAAAAGGAAGCAUCCCUGCGUAAUCAUUCACUCAAAGACACAAUCGAUAAGCCAAGGAAGAAGAUUCGGAUAGACUAUGAUGAGACAGCUGAAGAUGAUGAUUUCUUGCCAGAUGACAUCAAGCAUAAUGACGAGAAUGACGACAUAAAUGCAGAUGCCAAGGCAAUGCUAGAUCAAUUUGAGAUGGACGCUUCUAAAAAAGGAUCUAGAAAUCAAAAGCAUUCAAAAUAUCUCGAGGCAGCUGAACUAGAAGAUCAAGAGGUAGAUAGAACGAAGAUAUUUUUUGCUUCUCGCACGCAUUCACAGCUAUCGCAAUUUAUCUCUGAGAUAAACAAAACCACAUAUAAGCAGGAUGCCCGUGUGAUAUCACUGGCAUCUCGCAAAAACCUCUGUAUCAACGAAAAGGCAAGGAAUGCACCAGGCGGAGACGCGGGCUUGAAUGAACGUUGCAGGGAGCUGCGAACGGCACCUGCCUCUAGCGAGAAAAGAUGUAAAUUCUAUCCGAAGAUCGAGGAGCAGACGAAAUUACUCGAAUUUCGCGAUCAUGCCUUAGCUUCCAUUCGUAAUGUUGAAGAUUUGGAGGAACUUGGCAAGAACCUCAAUGUCUGCCCUUAUUAUGGGUCAAGACGGGCGAUCAAACAGUCUGAAAUAUGCACCCUCCCGUACAAUCUUCUCCUAUCAAAACGUGCGAGAGAAUCCAUGGGUAUAUCUUUAAAAGAUCACAUAGUUGUGAUAGAUGAAGCCCACAAUCUCAUUGACACCAUCCUCGCCGUACAUUCAUGCAGCGUCUCUUUAAAGACACUGAAUGCGGCAAUGAAGGCCUUGUCUACGUAUAUACAGCGCUAUGGCAAGCGCCUAAAGGGUAAUCACGUAGUAUCUCUCAAACUCUACGCCAAAACGUUAAAGGGAUUGAUAAAUUUCUGCCAGAAAGUCCGUUCUGUUAACAAGAAACCCACUCAGGAGAUUAUUUACCUCCCCAAAGAUGUCGUGGGAGACUUCGGUGAGGAUGUAAACUUGGGUAAUGUAGAGGCAUACCUCCGUGAUUCGCAUAUGUCGCAGAAGUUAGGUUCUUUUGCUGAACGUGAAGCAAAGAAAGAUGGAUUGAAAAAUGGACAAUUAACUAGUCCUGAAUCCCUUAGUUACGCAUCUGCAAAUUCUAUGCAUCAAGUUCAAAGUCUCCUUCUCGCUUUGGCUUAUCCAGACGCUGAUGGUCGCGUUGUUGUGACUUUCGAUGCUGAAAUACCGCGAUUGAGCUAUCAAUUGCUGAACGGAGCUGAACACUUUAAGAGCAUAGUUGAUGAUGCUCGAUCAAUUAUCUUGGCCGGUGGUACAAUGCAUCCUGUUAGCGAUUUCAAGACAUUCUUAAUGCCUUCACUUCCCGCAUCUCGAUUUAAUAGUUUGAGUUGCGAACACGUUAUACCACCAACCAAUCUCCUCGCUACUGCUAUAACCAAAGGUCCGAGUGGACAAGAAAUGGAUUUCAGGUUUGAAAACCGUUCAAAGGUGGACUUACUGAAUGAAUUAGGUAUGAUCAUUCAGAAUCUAGUCAAUCUUAUUCCAGAUGGUUUAGUAAUCUUUUUUCCAUCUUAUGGUUACUUGAAUACUGUUGAAUCUCAUUGGAAGGCUUCUGGAUUACUCAAGCGGAUUGAGCAGAAAAAGAAAGUGUUCCGUGAGCCUAAGGAAUCAACAGAUGUGCAAGCAACCUUAGAUAAGUAUGCAGAGGCAAUUCUAAACAAAUCAGACAAGAUGACAGGAUCUAUACUUUUCGCAGUUGUUGGCGCAAAAUUGAGCGAAGGUAUUAACUUUUCUGACAACCUUGCACGAGGAAUAGCCAUGGUUGGACUACCUUUCCCUUCACCAUCACCAGCUUUGGAAGAACGAAAGAAUUAUGUGAGGAGCUUCAACAAACAAGCAAAUCAAGACACUGGUAACGAAUUAGUAAUGAACCAAUGUAUGAGGGCAGUGAAUCAAUCCAUCGGUAGAGCAAUCAGACAUCAAAAUGACUGGGCUGGAUUGAUACUAAUUGAUAAGAGAUUUGCAACAUCGCAAAUCCAAAACAAACUACCCGGUUGGAUAAAAAAAAGUGUCAGUGUAUCAAACAGCUUCCCUCAAGCAAUUAAAACAAUAGCGCCAUUCUAUUCCCAUAAAAGGAGAUUAUGAAAUGAGAGUUGUUAUAAAUACAGUAAUGCAAAAAUUAGUAUAUAAAAAGAACCAAACCCUUACUCAUCCUCAUACUCGUCAUCUUCAUCAUCCGAUUGAACGCCAACUAAACCUUCGUUUUGACGUUCACGCUCUUGGAAGUUGCUGAUACGACCAGAGAAUGCUUUCCUGACAUUAGUGUUUGUACCUAUAUCCCAUACUUGCAAUUUAGCUUUAGAUCCACCUGCAGCCAAGACCAAUGGAUCAUCAGGACUGAAGGAUACAUUGAAUAUUCUACCAAUAUCCAAAUCUCUAGAUGUUGUUAAACUGACAUUAUUGAGGCUACUUUCCGUUUGAUCUAUGUUCCAAAUCUUGAUUUGUUUAUCAGUACCACCUGUGGCCAUACAGCCCUUGAAAUGUGGAUUAAUAUCAAGUGCAGAAGUUGCACCAUCGUGUGCAGCCAAAGUGAAAAUUGAUUGCGAUUCGUUGACAACUUUAUCACCUUGCUUGACGGAUGAAAGGUUUCUAAUAUCGAAUUGUUGAACCAAACCGUUCUCAGUUGAGACGUAGAAGUUGUUACUACUAAAUGGAUCCCAUUUACAUACUUCAACAUCAGCACUGACGAGGCAACCGACACCAUCAUCAGGAGAUCUCGUAUCGAAUACUCUAACGGUCUUAUCGAAGCCACCUGUCAAUAAAACUUCACCUUGCUCUUCAUUCCAUUGCAAAGACUGAACUUUCUCAUUGUGUGGGUUGAAACUUCUCAAUGCUUUUGAUGUAUUCAAAUCCCAUAACUUGACAGUCUGAUCGGCUGAACCAGAUGCGAGAAUAUUUCUAUGUAAUUUGUUCCAACUCAAUGACAAAAUAGCGUCAGUGUGAUAUUCAUCAUUUGCUUUAUUAAGCUUUGACUUCUUUUUACCAGUACCAGCAGCAGGUGCAGUCAAUUUUGCAGAUUUGCCCUUUUCGAGUUUACCAAGAAUAGUGUCUGGAUACAUACCAUCGAUUUUGUCCAAAGACCAGAUUUCAAUUUCUGGCUCGAAGGUACCGACGGCGAUGAAGUUGCCUGGGUUACCAUUUCCUGGUGUAUAAUCAAGCCAUUCUAAACAGAGUGGGAAAGACGGCAACAUGAGGUCAUGAUGGACGUAUAGAUUCUCUUGUGAGUCGUCGUAAACGUGAACUUCUAAGAUUGACAACUCGUCUUCUGUCUUUGCGGACACGAUCAUGUUAUCUGAUGGGAGAACUUCCAUUUCUUCCCUUAAUUCAUCAUCUUCCUCCUUCUUUUGUUCUUCUGAGAGGGUAACGUAUGGGUCUUCGUCUUGAUUUUUAUAGUAAGAAAGACCUUUGAUGUUAGAGAAUGCUCCGAGUGCACCAGCUUCAUUCGAUUCCUCAUCAUAGUUCUCUAAGUUAUACUCAGACAAAUCGUUAGGAUCCUUCUUCUCCUUCUUCUCGCUGGAUUCAUCCUCACUCAUACUCUCGUCGUCGUCGUCGUCGUCUUCUUCCUUCUCGUCAUCGUUGUCAUUCUCGACAUCCAUACCCUCAUCCUUGGCUCUUCUUUCAUCCAUUUCUUUAGCUUCCUUCUCCGCUCUAGCAAGUUCAGUUUGUGCGUCUUCCAAUUCAACUUUUGCUAAAGCAGAUAUUCUCUCCAUCUCCUUAUCAUCGAGCUCAUACUUUGUUGGGUGCUGCUCAGGAAUACCCCUCUUAACCCAGGCUAUACUACUAAU